CUGUUCAGCUUGCUAGCUACUGGGAAUUUCCAUCCACAGUCCUGCUAAAAUGGGGAAGGUAAUCGAAAAGAAUAACAAUAUUACUCUUACUAAAUAUUUGAUGUCAAUAAGCAAUUUAAAAGGUAAUAAAUACUUUAAUCUAAUUAAUUUAAUAUUGACAUCCAGCAUGGCUUUGACUCAAGUAUUGUGUUUCAACAGUACUUUAUUAAUACUAUAGGCGUUUAAAAUAUUUGUUAUGUUUGUUGUACAGUUGUUUACAGGCUGUGCAGUUGCAAAAAGAAUACAAUAGAUUAUCAGACCUUAGCAGGUCAAAAUAUAGAGAUAAGAAAUUAAAUCUCUCAUAUAGUGAUGUGUUCUAGUGAUAAUAUUUCUAGCAUUAUGAUUUGUUGUCUGACCAAGCAAUUCAUGUACCCUAGAUAAUCUUCUACGAAGACAGAAACUUCCAAGGCCGCUGCUAUGAGUGCAGUGGCGACUGCGCCGACCUUCAUUCCUAUUUCAGUCGCUGCAACUCCAUCCGUGUCGAUAGUGGCUGCUGGAUGCUGUAUGAGCGUCCCAAUUACCUGGGUCAUCAGUAUUUCUUAAAGAAGGGAGAAUAUCCCGACUACCAGCAAUGGCUCGGAUUCAGCGACUCCAUCAGGUCUUGCCGCUCUCUUCCACAGGUCAGUUAGAGAUGUGAUGAAAUACUUUACAAGAAGAACUAUAAAGAUGUGAAAUUCUCUUUUGAGUUUUUUUUUUUUUCUAAAAUAGAAUCAAUAGAUAGCUUUAAAUGGUCUGGAUGCUUUCCUGGCAAAUGCAGAAUGUUGAGGACUAUAAUACUUAAAAAGCAUUAACAGCUUGUUCGUCCCAUGCAUAAUCUGAUUGCCACUUCAGUGCCAAUAAGGGCUUUUUUUAUCCUUUAUAAUGCACAGUUAUAAAUCACUCAGAUAAGGUUAUUUGCCUUUUUUUGAUCAACAGCAGAAAAACUAUUCUUUGAAAAUGUAAUCUUGAUGGACUUGAGCCUUUCAUUCAAUGUAUUAUUACUACAAACAAGAAAAUUCAUUUUAGAUAUAACAAUAUUAGCAUGACCUAAAAUAUGGGUUUCAAAACGUAAUCAAUAAGACAGACAUUUGAACAUCUAAACUGUAAUAUGCUGAUAAAUAUAACAAAGCUCUAAUACCAACUAUACAUAACAAAAUGCUAAUGGGUAAUAUCUAUAUCCAUAAAAGAAUUGUAAUUUAUUAUUUUAUUUAAAAUAUAUUAUUCAGUUGGCUUUAGAAAGUAAGUUAAGGGACACACUAUGUACUAUAAUUGUUACAUCUUAUUGAAUUGAUUAUAAUGCCAGGAGUCUCCUGGCGCUGUCCCUCAAUUCAGUAUUAAACAUUUUAUGAACACUAAGUGAGGGUCCUUGGCCACCCCCGGCCUGGCCCCCAAUGGAAAAGUUCAGUGUUUAGGUAUGUUUAAGGCAGUAAUUGCACACUUCAUUAGUCAGUUGACAUUCUUAGUCAAUCUCUGGCCCCUUUCUCUACCUACUUCCCCAAUAAUCCAUGGAGAAGAGAUGGGCUGCUGGGGACUCUUGUUUAACAUGAAAGCCUUAAAAAUGGUAUAACACUGAACAAUGAACUCCAGACACUAAAGCCACUUCACUUUUUUCAUAUAAUUUCUACCACCUUUAUUGUUAUACUUAUAGAAAACAUUUAGGUAAAAAGUAGUCAAUAAAAUGUUACAAUUUAGGGUCUUCCUUCUAAUGUUAAUAUUACUUUUAAAACAAUUUUAAAUUUAGAAUCUUGAAACUGGUUCACAAUUAUAUAAUUGGAAGAUAAAUGGAUAGCUAAUAGAAAAAUGAACAUUCGAUAUUAAUAUCUUGUCAAAUCUGUACACUAUAUCACAACUCUAUUGCAGCAAAGAGGACCACACAAACUGAAGAUCUACGAGAAGGAAGAAUUUAGGGGACAGAUGCUGGAGGUUUCUGAAGAUUGCCCCUCUGUGUUUGAGCUCUUCAAAUACCAUGACAUCAACUCCUGCAAUGUUCUUGAGGGCCACUGGAUCUUCUAUGAGCAGCCAAACUUCAGGGGAAGGCAAUACUUCCUGAAGCCCGGGGAAUACAGACGCUUCAGUGAUUGGGGUUCCCUCAAUGCAAGAGUGAGCUCCUUCCGAAGAGUUCUUGAUGCCUGCUAACUUCAUUACUAAAAGAUUUUAUCCUGUUCAUGAGAUAAUAAAACAACUGAAGCAAAUAA